AUGCCUACCAUUUGGGUUGGCGACGUCUCCAAGAGUUUUCACGAAGAUUCUACAGUCGUUAAUAGCAGAAAUCAGAAAGAAGGGAAUUUUAAUAUAUCAUUACUUGGACGACAUUAUGUUGAGAGCGAAGGAUGCAAAGACCUUGCAACUUCAGAGAAAUUUAGUGAUGAAAAUUCUUCAGAAUCAUGGUUGGAGACUGAAUAUGGAGAAGAGUCAGCUUACACCCACACAGGAUCUGGUAUAUUUAGGAGCAAGGUUCUUGACGAAGCAGGUGUUAGUGACUUUACCGCAGGACAAAAUGAUCAAGAUAAACAGCGUGAUGACACAGUUUCUUCAGAAGACAAGUUGGUCAGCCAGGAAGAUAGCCAGUGUUUUGGGACUUUUGAAUUCAACAAUUCCAAUGGUCAAAUGGGCAAGGUGGCAUAUCAGACCAUUGCAACAAAACUUUAUUCGACAAUGGAAACGGUCGAAUCAGUUGUGGAAUCAGAGAGUAGUGAUUUCGGAUCAGGUCAGGGAAGACAUGAAAUGGUGGCUGUUAAAAGAAAAUUUGGCCACAGGGAAAUCCCUGGACGAAGUUCGUUGGACAGUAUUGACAACAGACUCAAGCCCUUGGGGCUGGGGAGCACAUCUGAAUCAGACAUUUGUUCAGGGCAGAUGGAAGACAGAAGAACAACACAUGUCAGCCAACGUCUUGGAAUUAAGAGCGGUUUGGAAGGCAAUUCAAGAGUUAGAGCAUCAAUUGAAGGGAACUGCCUUAAUGAUAAGAAUGGACAAUCUAGCGGCAGUGAUGUAUAUAAAGAAGCAAGGAGGUACGAGAAGUCUAAGCCUACUGGGGGAAUUAAGCCCCAUUAUGAGGUGGGCAGAGAGAUAUCUGCAAGAUUUGUCAGCAUUGCAUAUCCCAGGAAGACACAAUCAAAUAGCAGAUUUUCUAAGUCGCACGACAGUCAACAAGCACGAAUGGGAAUUAAACCAAGAGAUAUUCCUACAAAUAACAAAAAGAUGGGGUCAGCCAAUAAUAGACCUAAUGGCAACGAGAGUGAAUCGGAAGGUGAAACAGUUUUAUGUCAGAACACAGUGUUACCAAGCAAUGGGGACAGAUGCUCUUUCACAGGAUUGGAGCCAAGGUCUAUUGUACAUAUUUCCUCCAUACCCAUUAAUCGCGAGGGUGCUCAGGAAGAUAAAGAGGGACAAAGCCGAGGUGAUAGCAAUUCUUCCAGAUUGGCCCAGGAGGGUAUGGUAUCCCUUAUUGAUUGCAAUGUCAAUAGACAAUCCAUGGGCGCUUCCGAACAGAAGGGAUCUUCUCCUACAAGGACCAAUAAUGCAUCCAUGUCCGCAGGAAUUAUCAUUGAAGGCUUGGAGGUUGAGAGGAAUAGACUAAGGAAAGAGGGAUUUUCAAAUGCAGUCAUUGAUAUGAUGUUAGCAUCUAGAAAACCUUCUACAAAUAAUACUUACCGGAGGGUAUGGAAAGUAUUUUUACCAUGGUUACUUGAGAAAGGAGUUACUCCUGAGCAAGUAACAGUGUCUCAUGUAUUAGACUUUCUCCAGGCUGGUUUUGACAAAAACUUAAGUGUCAGAACUUUAAGGUUGCAAACAUCAGCUAUAUCAGUAUUAACGGGGAAACAAUGGGCAAGAGAUCAAAAGGUAAUAAAAUUCUUGACAGGAGUGUUGCAUUUAAGACCUCCAAUUAAGAAGCUGUCGGCAACUUGGAGUUUACCUUUGGUGUUAAAAGGAUUAACGAAGGAGCCAUUUGAACCGUUGGACACAGUUUCAGAGAUGUUGUUAACCUUAAAAACAACAUUAUUAAUCGCAAUCACGUCGGCAAGGAGAGUAAGCAAUUUACAAGCUCUAUCAGCAGAGGAGCCAUUUACGAUAGUUCAAUCAGACAAAGUGGUGUUAAGAACAAUGCCGGAAUUUUUACCAAAGGUGGUGAAGGAUAGUCAUCUAAACAGUGAGAUUAUUUUACCAUCAUUUUUUCCGGAGCCAGUUUCAGAUCAAGAGAAAAAGUGGCAUAAUUUGGACAUAGUAAGGUGUCUAUCUAUCUAUUUAAAAAGAGCAAAGUCUUGGAGGAAGACGAAUAAGUUGUUGAUUAUUCCGUCUGGAAACAGGAAAGGCCAAGCAGCAUCCACUACUACGAUUAGUAGGUGGAUAGUGAAUUGCAUUAAGGCAGUUUAUCAAGAAGCGGGAGUUCGUUUUCCUAAAGGGGUAAAGGCACACUCUACUAGGGCAGUUAGUGCUUCAUGGGCAUUUCAGGCAGAAGUGUCGAUGGAAAAAGUAUGCAAAGCAGCAUCCUGGAGUUCUGCAAAUACUUUUUUGAAGCACUACCAUUUGGAUGUGCGAUCUACUCAAGAAGCUAAUGUUGCUUUAAGCAUUUUGGGAUCAGUAUGUGAAUAAAAUUUUUUUUUUGGAUUCGAAACAGUCUGAAGAGUUAAUGUUUAUCCCUCCCUUAAAAAUUGCUCAAGUAUAUCACCCUUGGUGUGAAGGCUGCCAUAGUGACCAGGGAAAAGAGAAAAUUUAAAUUUAUACUUACCGGAAUUUUCUUUUCCUGGUUACUAUGGGCAGCAUUCACACUAACCCCCCCCUAGAGACAUGCUCGGACAAAAAAGACAAGAGUAUGAGGGGAGUAGGGAGUGUAUAUGGGAUGAAGGUAGGUAUUUUGGGAGGAGUUUUAGUUAUCCUGUCCUAUCGGCUGGAGAGGUGGGGAAUACCCUUGGUGUGAAUGCUGCCCAUAGUAACCAGGAAAAGAAAAUUCCGGUAAGUAUGAAUUUAAAUUUUCUCUUAUACCGAAGCCGGAAAAACGGCUUGUAAAAUAAACCUUCUUGUUAUAAUAGGCUAGGAAAUGCAAAUUAGCUAAAUGAUUAGCCUAAAGCUGGCCAUAGACGCAAAGAUCUGAUCUAUACGAUUUUCGGAACGUGUGUGGAGAGUCCUGACAUU